AACAUACUUUUUUUCUAAUAUUCUCCUCUUCUCAUGGAUCUCCAAACUCAUCAUCAACAACAAAACACAACCAAAAACAAAAAUAAUAAACUCUUGUUCUAUUUCCCUAUUAAAUUUUCAAACAAAGAUAUCUCUCAUGCAUUGCUUUUUCUCUUUUUACUCCUCUCUUCAAUUCUUUUCUACAAUAUAAUUAUAACCCCACUUGAUCCCCAGUCUCUUAUUAGCAUUGCUUUUUUGUCCAAAAUAUUACCCAAAAAUUCAUCAAAAACAUAUUGUGAUUACUCUUUUGGAAAGUGGAUUUUUGAUGAAAGUUAUUUUCUUGAUCAAUAUAAUGAGAAUUGUCCAUUCUUGGAUCCCGGUUUUCGAUGCCGGAAAAGUGGUCGUACGGAUUUAAAUUACCAGAAAUGGCGAUGGCAACCUCAAGGUUGUGAUCUUCCAAGAUUCAAUGCAAAGGAUUUCCUGGAACGGAGUCGAAAUGGUAGAAUAGUGUUUGCUGGAGAUUCAAUAGGAAGAAACCAAUGGGAGUCAAUGCUGUGUAUACUAGCACAAGGAGCAACCAACAUAUCAACCAUAUAUGAAGAAUUUGGAAACCCCAUAACCAAACACAGAGGUUAUCUCUGUAUGAAAUUUCAUGACUACAACCUUAGUGUCGAAUAUUACAGGGUACCUUUCCUAGUAGUAGUUGAUCGACCUCCAGCGAAUGCAUCGAAACAAGUGCGAGGAGUGAUCAGGCUCGAUAAGUUGCACUGGUAUUUCACAAAGUGGGUUGAUGCAGAUGUGAUCAUAUUCAAUGCUGGACAUUGGUGGAAUCAAGACAAGACUGUUAACAUGGGCAUACAUUUCCAAGAAGGAACAACGGUGAACAUGACCAUGAAUGUUGUGGAAGCUUUUCGAAGAUCCUUGAAUACUUUGGCCUCGUGGGUGAUUCAAAAUACCAAACCUGAAAAGACUCACGUCUUCUUCCGCAGCUUUUCACCAGUACACUACAGGGAUGGAGCUUGGAAUGAAGGUGGCCACUGCCACACAAAUACAGCACCAGAAACAGACUAUACCAAGCUGGAGAAAGAGCCAAUGAACAAUAUAUUCAUUUCUGAGGUUGUUGAACAAAUGCAAAAUACAAGAAGAAACGUGACCUUCCUAAACAUCACAUAUCUAAGUGAGUUCAGGAAAGAUGGUCACCCUUCAGAAUAUCGUGAACCUGGCACCCCGGCUGAUGCACCGCAAGACUGCAGCCACUGGUGCCUACCAGGAGUGCCAGACACUUGGAAUGAACUUCUUUACGCCUAUCUACUGUUGAAUGGAUAUCGAACCAAGUUGAAAUGAAUUUGAUGGUAGCACUAUAUGAUUAGCUGUUUUCAUCUACUUUGACCUGGACUAUUCAUCAGCCUUUUCAGUUGGAUUCACCUCAGUUUCCAUUUCCUUGACUUUCUCAAGCUGCCUUAGGAGGUCUAAUCUGUCUGGUCCAUAUGUAGAAGGUAUCUGCCAAAAAGAGAAUCAACCAGUCAACACAGCAGAUAGGUCAUUCAAAUUGACAGGAAAUUCAUGAUCAAAUACUGACCAGAGAUGGCAUAUAUCUUUGAAUUGCAGCCAAUAUAGCAGCGUGCCCAACUGCUGUAACCUGCAAGAAAAAUUACCCGAUGUCAGCUUGCACUGAAUCAAGAUCCACGAGUGAUAGACAUGCAAAGUGCUGCAAUCAUGUAACAGGGGUGAAAGAGGAGAGAGAGAGAGAGAGAGAGCUCGUAAGCUUUGUUCAAAUGGGCUAUUUAGCUAACUGUAACUCAGCUGAAAGACUUCAGCACAGAAAAUGCCCUCUAAACUAGAUUGUUGAGCAUCAACAACUAUGCACUUCUCAUUAGUAAUAGCUUCACUGCACUUAGUAAUGCAUUAUCCAAGCUCGAAAAAACAAUGAUGCUUGGGAAUAUCAAUUGGUUUGUAAUGCCAGUUAAAGGUCCACGUCUUCA